GCUGCUCCGUUGCCAUGGUGAGGAAUACUGCAACAAGCGGCGUCAUCAGUCUGCAUCAGUCAACUGAUAAACAACACGACACAUUACAGCUUCAGAUGUGUGAGGGACCUUCAUCAAUAUCUGGGCCAAUCCCUCCGGAUCCUUCUCUGUUUCCUCAGUACUACAAACGACCUGCUUCAGCUCGUGGCCGUUUAGAGGGAAACCAUGAUGGGACUUUGGCCCUGCUCUCAGGGCCACUCGCUCCAGAUCCUGUGUUGCACCCCGGCUUCUACAGUGCUCGUACCCCAGCACAUCCUCCCCGUAUCGGCCCUAAUGCCACCCACAUUCUGGAACGAGCACAGAGAGGAGUAAUGGGGGAACUACUCAAACUAGAUGGCAUCGCUAUUACCCCUGUUCCCAAACAGAAACAGCGGCCACAUGACUUUGGUAAAGAGAACGUGCGUCGGCUCAGGGAGAUCCAGAGACGCUGCAAAGAGCAGGAGGCUGAGAGAGCACAGUCUCGUACGGUUCCCGUCAAAGCUCUUUGGACAUCCUCCAAAUACGAGAACGUCUCAUCCAGGGUGAUGGUCCAGCUACAGGUUUCUAGUCCAACUGCGAAACCGCAGUGUCAAAACUUUCUGAGGGGCCACACUAGUGCCCCGCCAAGACCACACUCCAAAACCUCUCCUGUAGCGCUGCGACGCCCGCCCUCCUGCAACUCCAUACAGGACCUGAACUUACAAUUACAGGUGCAAGGCCAGGCGAUAGACUUCAUAAAACAUAAUGCCCGGUCUGCUGGAAGAACUGUGCUGCGUCGGUCCCAGUCACUGACCAACCUCAAAGAUAAGCCGAUCCCCAGUGCAGUCAAGGGGCAGGUGCCUCAGUAUCUUGAGGAAAGGAAGGAGCAGUGGCUUAAAGAGGCGGAGGAGAGAAGGAGGAACGCACCUGAUCCUGCAGCUCCAGCUGGUCACACCCUGAUGCGUGAGAGUGAGAGGCAGGAGACGCUGAAGUCCCUCAAAGAUGCCCAUCGCUCCUUUGUGGCUGAGCUGCUGUCUCUCCCUCUCAAAGCUGACAGUCUGAGUGUUCGCUCACGUCGGGCUCAUCUUGAUUGUAAACUUUCUGAAAUUGAAGAGGCCAUUAAAAUAUUCUCCAGGGACAAAGUUUAUGUAAAAAUAGAUUCCUAACACAUGAUGAGGAUGAGGAGGAGAGAGAAGGAAGAGGAGUAGAUUGUCCUGUAAAUACACUGCUUUAUCGAGAUUCAAUUUUCAUUUUGUAGUUGCAUUAUGUAACAUAACGCUGAACCUUGUAAUAUAGAUGCUUAUUUUAAUCAUCAUUCAUUAUAAUUUAUGAUAAACUGAGUAAUUAUUACACAAGGUCAACCACUGUAGUUACUGAUUAUCAGUAGGGCUGUCCCGAAUACCAUUUUUUGGGCUUUGAAGCUUCUGUGAGAAUUAUUCAAAGGUAUUCAAAGCUCUACUGUACACACAUUCACCUAUACACAUAACAAACAGCGAUAUCCGUC